UUUGGCAUAUGUUGCAUUGUCGUUCAGCCUUCUGGCUGCUUUCGGUGCUGUACUCGGCAAGCAGUGGCUCAGCCAUUAUAAAUCGAACAAUAUCCGUGGUUCGCUCGAAGAACGCGGAAAGCACAGACAGCACAAGUUAGAUGGGUUGGAAGCAUGGCAGUUUCAUGCUAUGCUGCAAUCGUUUCCCGUCUUACUGCAAAUCUCGCUCCUUUUAUUUGGGGUUGCUAUCUCAGCCUUCGUAUGGUCUCGGCAGGGACAAUUAGCCAUCGCUGUCAUCGUGUCGAUGGCGUUCGGCGUGUUUUUUUAUUGGUUUAUCAUCGUCGUCUCUUUAAAAUCUCCACAGUGUCCUUUCCAAACUCCUAUUUCAGCAGUCAUCCGCAUGCUCUACAGGCGCGCAUACAUGUACAUCAAAGACUGGCGUAUGCAUAGAAACGGCGAAGUGUCAUCACAGCAUGAUCCCGGAGAGCCCGAAGCGCCGCUCUCCGAUGUACCGUCUAUGAAGUGGAUAUUCGAAUCCUUCACAGAUCCAGAAGUGAUCAGUUCGGUCGCUUGGCUGGUGCCUUCCGUCCAAUGGACCCCCGAAUUGCUUCCCGAGCUGCACAUGCAAACUAUAUGCUCGCGCUUGCUGAGCACAUUCAAAGCGUGCCUUGCUGCUGGAGUUCGGACUUUUUCGGCACGCCGAAGAGCCCUUGCGUGCGGAAGAGCCUUGCAUCACGUAGCGUGUGAUGAAAGUAUACGGAACUAUACUUCCUCUAAUGUUAUGCACUCUGAUACAUGGUCGUUGGAUAUGUGGUCUCAUUGGCAAGACCUGAGUCUUCCCUGGGGACUCGAUGACUGCAAAUCGUCUUUCCACCAGUACGCCACAACUUUAGAUGAAGAUCACGAAAGUGAUGCACGUGAUGCUUUGCGCCUCACUAUCGUGACUGGCUGUCCAGGAUUUUUGCAGCCAACCGAUGCUGCAUUGAUCUGGGAUGGUGUUUUCGACUGGAAGGACGACCCGCGUACUACACAAGACUUUGACUGGCUCGUGGAUUUCCUGGUACACUUCCGGAAGUCUUCAGCGAGGAACUUCGAUGCCAUGGGAGAUGCGCUGCUCGCAUUGAGUGCCAUGCGGGAUCUGGGAAGUGACACCAGACGAGACAAUUACCUUGAUUCCAUCAUCUUCGCCAUGGAAGCAGAUAAACCAUCCCGACUUCGCCAUGCAGCCCUUCGAGCUGUAUUCGAUGCUCGUUUUAAACUAGUGGAGAUAGUUGACAAGGAGGAGGGAGAAUUUCGGGAGAAGUUAUUAGGUAAACUUGCGCCAGCUCUGCUCAACGCAACCAAACCUGUCGCGCCGCAGCGAUUUGAUGAUGAACCGGACGCUGUCUUUAAUCCCAGACGUGACGACUGCUAUCUACGACUAAUCUUCACUCUGGCAAAGCAAAGUGAUUGGCGUGCUCACUUAGAGAAAGCCGGUCACAUAGAGCGAUGCACAUCUCUGCUAGACCACGUCAUCAAGAACAAUCCGUCAAUAUUAUCUGUCGCAUCUCAUUCUUACUAUCUUGCAGCCAUAUUGAUACGGAUGAACUCCUCGGGGAGUUAUCGAAGCUCGUUGAGGGGGGCUACCCUGGCCUCUGCUCCGGACUCUGAACCUACGAACGAGGAAGAAUGUCGUCCCACUACAAACCUUGCGGCCACACUGCCCGCAGCCCCAGAGGCUCCUACUUCACUGGGAUUUCCGGACAAUAUAUCCGAGCAGGAAUGGUGGAAGCUGCUCAAAAGAGCAUGGUGGGCGAUGCGUUGGAAUGACCUCCACCUUGAGGCAGAAGCAGUUGAGGCACUGCCCAGUAUUGUCACGUACACUCUCGAUCUCCUGGAAACCCCGAGUGCUCGAUAUGAUGCGGGGAGUCUCGUUCGAUUGGUGGAUCGGAUAUACGAGGCGCUAGAUGAUGAUGAAGCGAAGUUGGCAGUUAAACGCCUA